GGCUCCUGCCCCUUGAUUGCAAGCAAUCCUUGUCGGUCAGGUCUUCUAAAUCACCUACAAAAGCAUCCGUUUAGAGCAGCUGCCACAUCAGAAAGACCAUCACUGAAGAAACCGUAGCGUACCGCUGUGGUCAUUGCACAUUUCGCACCAGACCGGGCUGCCCGACCAUCACCAGAUGCACGGCAACUUCAAGGGCUGUCUGCUUGCCGCCUGCUUGGCUCUCUGGCUUUCUCUUUCACUAUCAUCACAUGGUGUCCUGGCGAAGCACAGUAGUUCAUCAGCUUCGACGCCUCUCGCCACGCUUUCUUCUGGGGCGACUCUGCAAGGGGUCACCGAUGAGGCAAAUUACUUGUCCUAUUGGGAAGGUGUCCGCUAUGCAAAAGCACCGGUUGGGGACCUUCGUUUCGCCCCACCGCAAAUGAUCGAUCUAGCCACUCAGAAUACCCCUGCGCCUGCCACUAGCUCCUCAUCCGGCGGACAUUCCGAGAAUGGUGCCGCCCAUCUCCUCAAUCCAUUGCAUCAUUUCAAGCUGGCUGCUCAACUAGCCCAAAAGGCAUUCCACGCUUCGCAUCAGAAGGUCGGAAGGUCAGUGCAAGUGAUACAGAAGCGGUGGAGUGAAUUCUCCACCCCUGCAUUACGUAGAGCAAACGCCGCUACCGUCGUGGCUAACGUUACAGGCCCGAUAUGCCCUCAAGCGGGCGACAUCGGCGAUCAAUCUGAAGAUUGUCUCUUCAUCAACAUCUACAAGCCCUAUAAUGCAUCGAGCUCUACGCCCUUGCCUGUACUGCUCUUCGUCCACGGAGGAGGCUUUCAGAACGGCGCAGGCUCAUUCUACGAUCCUACGCCCAUCAUCAAGUCUGGUCUACGCUUUGGUCAGCCUGUGAUCGUGGCCACCAUCAAUUAUCGCCUGAACAUAUUUGGUUUCUCCUCCAGCUCUGACCUUGCCACUCUCGCCGGACUGAACCCAUCUGGCUGCACAGCGAGUGCUACUGGAUGUACCACUCAGAAUCUGCCAGGAGAGCCAGUUGGAAUCAACUUGGGUUACCAGGAUAUCAAGAUGGCAGUCAAUUGGACGAACACCAACAUUGCCGCUUUUGGUGGCGACCCUCAGCAGGUAACCAUCUGGGGUCAGUCGGCAGGUUCUUUCGGUGUCAGUGCUCAGUUACUAGGUCAUCAAGGACAAGCUCUCGGUGGCGACGCACAACAGCCAACGAAUCCACCUCGACCCUUGUUUCGGGGUGCUAUCAUGAUGAGUGGUGCGCCGUCCGGCCCCGCGAUCCCCGAGCCUGCUCAUCAGGACGACGUUUGGAAUGUCACCCUCAGCGAUGCCGGGUGUGGCGGCGAUUCCUAUCAGACUGCACAGGCUCGCCUCAAUUGCAUUCGAGGGGCCGACUGGACCGUCCUUCGCACUUCCGCCAAUAAUCGCAACGACAGAAGUGGCGAUCCCGGCCAUUACUAUCUGGGCAACUACCCCUUCUUGCCCACCUUUGACGGCGGUGCCAGACGAGGGGGCUUUCUCGCUCGUCCACCAAGCGAGACGCUCAGUGCAGGCGCCUUUGCCUCUGUUCCCAUCAUGAUUGGAGACGUAGAGGACGAAGGGACGAUCUUUGCUCCCAGGGAUCUUGGGAAUUCUUCUUCACUGGAAGAUUGGUUCAGAGGCGUCUACUUUGCCGACGGCACAGCCACGAUGCAGAACAAUGUCAUGGACGAGGUGCUCAAUGCCUACCCUGACAUACCGCAGGAGGGCAGUCCCUUUACACCACGAACGGGAGGCGACACCAAUCGGUACUUUGGGCACACAAACCAAUUCAAGCGUGCCGCGGCCCUGUACGGAGACAUCAGAUUCCAGUCUAACCGUCGUAACCUCCUUUGGCAAGGUCUCGCAACUGGCAACACACCCGCUGCAUGGACGUGGCUGUACAGCUGUCCCUCCUACAAGGAGUCCGUCUCCCUCGGCGUUGCCCACUCCGACGACCUCAAUGCCCUGUACAGCGUAGCAGGCGACCAACGACACCCUUCCCCCUUCCAGUCCCUCAUGUCUCGUCAGUGGAUAAGCUUCGCCACCAAUCUCGACCCAGCUGCUGAGCCUGGCUUACCAGCUUGGCCACAGUAUGACCUAGACGCAGUGCAGAUGAUGAGCUAUGGAGCUAAUGGCAAGACGAGCAUCAUCGCUGACGAUUAUAGAGCGUCGGCAAUGGCCGUGCUCAACACGACGGACGUGCUCGAGGUGACGCAUAGAUAAGGAUGCCAGGAGCGUCGUCAAGACGUCAUAGAUGAACUCACCACCAACGCAUACUCAGUAUCGGACGAUUGCUAUCCACUUUUUUUCGUCGGCACAACAGCAUCCUCCUUCUUCUUCUCGUAUACCACUUCAUACUA